UUUCAGACUGAAUCAUGUGGCGAACACUGCUCUUGUCGGCGCUGCUAGCGACCGCGCGUUCUAAACAACUGCCACCUUCCUCAGAUCUAUCAUCAACAACGGUCGCAACAGUGACAGAGACAGAUGUGAGCGAAUGGCCGGGCUCGCUCGCGCCCCUGGACACGAUAUCAGUCGCGUGCGAGAGGGACAACAUGCAUGUCACCGUCUCGCUCGCACGCGCGCACGAGAACAGCAUAUACGACACGUUCAACGGCAUUGUCUACCCGGCUGGACUGGGCAGCAAUUCCUCGUGCCUUCGAGAGUACGUCUCCGAGAGGGGCGACCUGCAGUACACUCUCCCACUGAAGGGCUGCAACACUAUGUCUACUGAUAACGUGAGUAUCAUAUGUUAUAGAUUAUAGAUGGAUGGAAUUGAA